AUGGGUGCCGAGAACCGAAUCACCAAGGUGGCCAUUGUAGGUGCCGGCGGUAGAUGUGGACGCUACGUGACUGAGGCUCUCCUCGAGAACGGAAAGCACACCGUCACGGCCAUCACACGAACAGACAGCACGAGCGGAUUCCCCGAUGGCGUCACCGUGACAAAGGUCGACUUUGCCGAUCCCCUCACUCUCACUGCUUCCCUGAAAGGCCAAGACGCCUUGGUCAUGACGCUCAGUCUGUCCUCGCCGCUGGAGACGGAGGCGCAGCUCAUCCGGGCGGCGGCCGAUGCGGGCGUGCCUUGGGUGCUCCCCAACGACUGGUCCCCUGAUACUGAUGACGAGGCACUUGUCAAGGACAUUUCCGUCCUUCAGCCUCGAGCGGAGGCACGGAAAUUGAUAUCGAGACUCGGCAAGAGCUCGUACAUCUCCGUGUCGACCAGCUUCUGGUACGAGUGGAGUCUGUCCAUACCCGAAGCUUUCGGCAUCGACAUCAAAAACCGAUCUGUUACCUACUUCGACCGAGGCGAGACCAGGAUUUCCACCUCGACAUGGCCGCAGGUUGGACGCACCGUUGCUGCGCUCCUGAGCCUUCCUGUCGAGUCUGGAAUGUUCAGCUCAGAGGUGUCCUUGGGCAAGUUCCGCAACAAGGUGGUCCAUGUCAACUCCUUCACGCUCAGCCAAAAGGACAUGUUCGAAUCCGUGCUCCGUGUGACUGGCACUGACACCAAGGAGUGGACCGUGAAACACGAGCAUUCAAAGGACAGAUACGAUGAAGGGUUGAAGGCAGACAGCGUCGUGAAGCUUCUGUAUAGCAGGGUCUUCUAUCCAGACGGGUCCGGAGAUGUUGAGAAUAGCAAGGGGACGAUCAACGGUCUUCUUGGUCUGCCAACGGAGGACGUCGAUGAUGCGACAAGACGGGCGAUGGAAAGGCUGGACAGCCCUGUGGUCUCGCCUCCCGUCUGA